AUGUCUUCUUGCUAUUUCCCCUUCACUUGCCAAAAAAAGAUGGAGUUCAACACCCCAAUCUAUAAGAAAUCUGAGAUAAGGUGGAGCUCAGAUGAUCAAGGUGGCCCUGGACAAGUGAAAUCUUUUUCUUGUUCCUUCUGCAAGAGAGGAUUCUCUAAUGCACAAGCCCUAGGUGGCCACAUGAAUAUCCACAGAAGAGAUAGGGCAAAGCUCAAGCAAUCUUCUGAAGAAAGCUUGCUUUCGUUGGACAUCUCAAUCAAGACCUCAAGUGAUCACAGAAAUGACCCUUCUGAUUUGGAAGAGAAAAUUUUCUUUCGGUUGGGUUCUGGAGAAGAUCAGAAGCAUGCUAGAAAUCGAAAAAUGCCAUUCAAUUUCCCUCACAAAAGUGAUCAUGAUUAUGCAUCAGAAAGGGCCAUGUUCAUUGGUUCAGCAGAAAUUCCUCAUCAUCUUCCUUCUUUUGUUUUGGGGCAGCGAAUUGAAGAGAAGACAGCUGAUUUAGACCUUGAACUUAGGUUAGGCCUGCAUCCCCAGGAGACAGCAACAUUGAACACUAGAUCGUUCUUUUGA